AUGCAAGAUUUUCUAGACUUUACUGGAAUAACAUACAAUGAAAAAAGUAUGCUGUUGGAUAUUUCUGCUAUUCCUUUAAUUGAAGAGAAAUUUACUGACGAUUUAAUAAAUUAACAACUAAUAUUGCUAAGAUCUCAAGAGAUUGUUAAGGAGCCAGAUAACGAUAAAUAAUUAACUAACCAAGCUAUUUUACUCAAGAAAAAAGUAAUAGCUUCAUUGGAAAAAUACUCAUAGAUGCUCAUCAAUAAGGAUAAUUCUAUAAGAUAAGUUAUUAAGCAGGAUUUAAUGUUAAUCAAUUCGGAAUAUCAAGUGCUAAUCAAUAUGGUAGACCAAAGUGAGAAGGUCUCAGAUGAGGUUUAAUAGAUAGUUAAAUUGUUAGGAGAGUUUAUGGAAUAAAUGACUAUUAAAUCAAAUGAGAAAAAGGAUAUCCAUUAUUCCAAGACCUUAUCUGAUUAGUAACAAAUUUACAAAAACCAUACAGAAUCACAACAAAUAAAUUCAUACGAAUGCUUUUAAAAAUAAAGAUCACUACCAACUAAACUUUAUUAAAAAUAAAGCAAUAAUUCUUUUGAAUCAGAUGAAAGCACAAUCAUAUCGAAUCAGACUGUUAGUGCUAUUAAUAACAAAAUAUCAAAAUUAAUUUCAAUAUUGAGAUCCAAUUAGGAUUAUUAAGUGAUGAUAAAUUUGGCUUAAGAAAUACUUAAUAGCUCAGAAAACAAUGAUACCUUUAGAAGAUUGAGACAGCUAUCGAAAUAAUAUGAAGAUCCUGAAGUCAAGAAACUAGUCAAAGUUUGUUAUCUGAAAUAAUUAGCUUAAGAAUAAAGCCAAACAAAUACAUCGAAAAGGGAAUUCUAUGAUUUAGUGAUAAAAAUCAAAAGCCAAAUACCAGAAAAUAAUAAAAUCCAUAAAAUGAUGAUAAGUUCUUUAUAUGAUGAAGUUGUUAAGAAAGGAGUACCAAACUCAGAAUGGGAAUCAUAUAUGAAACAAUUAUACAAUUGA